AUAAUUUAGUGAUGAUGGCAAACCGAGUUCGUGAAACCAUCGUGGAAUGCAUGAGAGUAGCUCAAUCCUCCGGCGGCGACGAGGAGGAUCGGUGCGAGGCGCUGCAAACCCUAGCCACCAUCACCAAGAUCAGCCCUCAAAAUCGGAACCUGGUGGCACAAGUCGACGGCGCCGUCGCCUCGCUUCUCGCCCUCUCCAAAUCGCCUCAACAUCGGCUCCAAGCUCUGGCGCUCUCGGUGCUCUUCAAUCUCUCCCUCAACCCCAACUUUAAGCACUCUUUAGCUCAAAGGGACACCAUUUUCCACCUCACUUCUCUCAUCCACUCGCCGGAAUCCGCCAAACUCGCCGCCUCCUUCCUCUGCAGCCUCGCCAUGCUCGACAAGAAUAAAGCCAAAUUCGGCGUCGCCGGCACCGUUGAGGUUCUAGUGAAGGCGGUAUCCGGGCCGUGCGGGCCGGCCACUCACCACCUCCUCAGCUCUCUGGCGGAGCUGGUGCAGUUUCACGGCAACUGCACGCUGGCGGUCCGGGCGGGGGCGGUGCCGGCUGUGAUGACGCUGGCGGAGAGCGGCGAUGGAGAGGAACUGGCCGGAAUCGCGCUGGCGAUUCUCGGGCUUCUGGCCCGGUUCGAAGAAGGGCUGAGCGAGCUGAAGAGGACUGAAAGGAUCGUGGCCCGAAUGGUGGUGAUCUUGAAGAGCGGCUGCUUUCUUAGUAAAGAAGGAGCGGCGGAGAUUCUGCUCAGGUUGUUUGACGACAGCGAGAAGCUCCUCCGGGAUGCCGCCGAGCUGCCGGAGUUUUUCUCGGUGCUGGCGGAGAUUUCGGUGGGAGGUUCGGGCCGGGCUCGGGAGAAGGCCAAUUUGCUCAUGAGAAAGCUCACGGAUGCUAAUUUGUACUAAAAUAUAUGAUUAAUUGUUUUUAUCGAUAUACUUUAAGAUAUUCAAAAGUUUGAAUUCCUUUUAGUAAAUAUUGAAUUAGCC